AUGUUGCAUUUAUCUCCGUCCCAGUCGUCGCAUCCUCCUCUCCGGGUGCAGAUCGAGCAGCUACCGAUGCAGAGUCUCUGCAGCAUGCGGAGCCUGGUUGAUCCAACGGUGGCGAGGCGCACAAAUGUGUUUCCCAUUCAGCUCGCUUGGUUCACGCCCCUGCAGGACGCUUUACAGCUCAGCUUCUCAGAGCUGCAGCCUGCAGAUGAGGAGCAGUACAACACGCAUGGGAACAUUAUGAGCAGCAGCAACAGGGGAAGUUGGGCUGAGGCCUCCCAUCCAGAUGUUGGGCCCAGCAGCAGCCCAGCCCCCAUGAACAUGAACCACUAUGCCAAUAAGAAGAGUGCAGCUGAGAGCAUGCUGGAUGUGGCUCUGCUGAUGGCCAACGCCUCCCAGCUGAAGGCUGUGUUAGAGCAGGGGCCAAGCUUCUCCUUGUACACCCCCAUCAUCACCCUGAUCAGCAUCUCCCUGUGUCUGCAGGUCACAGUCGGGGUCCUGCUCAUCUUCAUAGUUCGAUGGAACCUGAAUGAUGAACAAAAGCAUUGGAGGCUUAACAUGAUGGAGAACGUGACCACAGGGCUGGUUUUUAUCAUCGUGGUGGUUAAUGUCUUCAUCACAGCCUUUGGAGUCCACCGGCCGAACCGCGGCGACUGA